GUUAGUGACGGUUCCUGACCCUGCAGGGAAGCUUUUAAUAAAAAUCCAAGUUUUAUUGUUAUUCCUCCCAGGUUUGAAAAUCCCCUUUGACAAAACAACUUCUGGGGCCUAAAAUUAGAAGCAACAGGGUCCAGAGAGCAGCAGGAGACAGUGGAUGCUAAAGCGCAGGGCUGGGAGUCAGGACUCCUGAGUUCUCUCAGCUCUGGGAGGGCAGGUGGGCGGGCGGAUCCAGUGUUUAGAGGCGGAGGGAAUAGGCUGGCGGACAGGACUCUGGGAGGGCAGUGUGGUCUAGCAGUGAGAUUGAGCCAGGGCUCCUGAGUGGGGUGCAUGCUGGGGGUCCUAGCAGUGUAGUAAUAAUUGGGCCUACGAAGUUCCCACUCUUGGGAGCCUCACUGGGAAAGUGGAUAAAAGUUCAUGAAGUGUCACAACAACCUACAACAACUCAGGCUGAUGGGAAAAGCUGCGAAAGGGAGCCAGACAGACAGAAUUAGUCCAAACAAAAAAGCCUCCUGAUACCACUCAAGGACCUUGUUACGAUCAUGCCCGGUGAACAACGGGAGUGUGGGACCAGACGUCAAUGAAGUAAAAAUUGGUGUGUCAGAAAUCAGGCUUUGUGGGGGAACAAAAUCCGGAGGGGAUGGGCUAGGCCACCUAUGUCUCCCUUUGGGAGUCCUUAAAAAGGAUUUUUUGGGGGAAAUACGGUUGUGGAAGAGGGAGCCACAGUGCAACAAGUGCUGAGGGGAAGGAGCGAACUUCAUUGUCAUGGCUGCAACCCCUGCCCGAGAUGCACCAUGACACGACUGGGCCUUCCUUGUCCUGCUCCUAAGAGAUGUCCAGGCCAGAGAGCGUGACCCAGACGACAUCGUCACCUGCACUGGCUCCGGCUAAAUCCCGACCCCACCUGGGAUGUGAGACCAUUUCUUCACCUGCCCCUUCCCCGCCAUGUCUUUUUCCUUCCCCAUCAUCUUCUCUUCCCUCCUUAUGCCUUCUGCCUGAGCCGGCAAAGACUAUAUUUUGCAAUGCUGCUGUGAGUCUGUGGCCAGAGGCAGCUCAAAACAAUGCCCUAAACAGCCCAACACUGGUACAAGUUUGCCAGGUCUCAGAGUGGCUGAUCAGUCCCUGCUGUGACUCUGUUUCUCCAGCAGGGAGGUGGCAAGUGAGAGUCAAUGCCAGAAGGAGAAGCUGCAUCCCUUGCGUCUUCUCUCCACUCUUGCAUGUGUUUAAUGUGCAAAUGCAUCACCUGCUUUUCUUUCUUUUCUGCGUCUUUAAUAAAAGGGCAAAGGGGUGUUUAAUGGGCUGUUUGCUGUGGGACUAAGCAGGCUGAUGUCUCUGGUUCCCAAACCCCAAGGCUUCAUGUCAAACGGGCAGGGUCACGUUAACAUCUUUCACUUGUUGGGCCCUUCUAUUCCACCUAGAUUAACACAACAGCCGUGAGCCAGGGACUGAACCAGGACUCAAGGCUCCUAGUCCCAGAUCUGCCACUGACUGGCAGUGGGACCUCGGCCAAGGCCUUUGAAUCCUGUUUCUCAUUUUCCUCUCCUGGGGGUAGCACAUUCCUGCUUGUUGGGCUGGUGUCAUUGAGCAGGCCCUGGGAGAUGCCCUGGGUGGGUGAAGCAGACGCGAUAGGCCCAGGCUGCUGGGAAGGGGUGUGAGUUGUUUCAUUGUCCUAGCCAGUGAUCCAUGAAAGCUGCUGCAAAUUACCUGUGUUGCACCUUGCAGCCCUCCCCCUCACCCCCGUGUGUGGGUGGCAGUGGGUCACAGCGACCCAGGGCUUGGCUGCAUGGGGGUUAGUGCAUAGCCCGGAACCAAGCACCUCUCCCACCCUGCCUGCAUUAAUCAUAACUCCACCCACCUCUGGGGCAACCCAAACUCCCCCUUUAGGCAGCUGGUUUUCUUUCUCCUCCUGGCCUCCAUCUGGGGCAGGGACAAUGGGCCAGAUUGGGACCUCCCACCUCCUGGCACUCAACAUCUAGGGCGACAUGAAUGCAACAGGGCUCAGCCUUGCCAGAGGCUCACCUCCUGCUUGCCUGGUUACAGACAGGCAGACGAGUGGAGUUACGCUGGGGAGACCAAACCUGGGAGUUUGCAUCCAGCUUUGGGGGAGCAAUGAAUCCAGCCAGAGCAAAGGGACCCGAUGGCCAUGGGCUUCUAAGCCCCAGGGACCCACUGCUUCCUGGACUGGCAUAAAAGAGCCAAGAUCCCUUUGCAUCCUGUGCCCACAACCACCUGGAACCCAGGAGUCCUGGCUCCCUGAACCACCCCACUCCCAAGCCUCUUUGCUGUUCUGCGAUCAACGCUGCUGUGAGGACCAGCUCCCCCAUCCCCCCGUCAGAUCGGGGAGCCCCGCACACCGGGACCGCGGGGGAUGGCGGCAGCUUGGAGCCCGAUCCUCCUGCUGCUGCUGCUGUGGGGCCAGUCGGCAGCCGCCCGGCACUGGGCCCUGUGCCGGCCCGGCCCGCUGUCCGCUCGCCACCCUGUGCUGGGCUUCUGGGAGCAGAUCCGUGCAGGCUCGGGCUGCGCCAGCCGGGGGCGCUCAGCCUCAGGCCGGGAGGUGCAUGUACUCAUCCUACGGGGCCCAGUGGGGAGAAUGGGGGCCAGACAGGUGAGCCUAGAACUGGGCCCAGCCCCCCCUGGCAGACCCCCCAUCUUCGUGCUCAGCUCCCCAGCGCCCGUGGUCUGGAGCCUCCAAACAGCCCAGGUGGCUCUUGGGGAGCAAUGGACCUUCCAGGUCUCCCCGGGGUCCAGAGUCUCGGCCCUUGGGGGUGUUACUGUCACUGAGACCCGGCUGCCCCAGACCCCCCGAGGGCUCCUGCGCUGGGCCCGUGAGGAGCACGGCGGGGUCAGCUCCCUGGCUGCGUAUCGGGGUGUCAACAUGGUCUAUGUGCAGCUGGGAGACGGGACCUCCGGGGUUAACCCCCCCAACCUCCCCAGCCCCUCUGCAUUCUCGCUCCCAGAUGGGGUCUCGCCAGGCGCCUGCAAACUUCGCAGGAACUUCCUCUCCCCGACCCACUUCGCCUCCGGCCUCCGACCGCGGCCCCUGUGGGGCUGCCUGACCUCUGACCCCCCUUCGGACCCUGAAGUUCACGUCAUCCUCUCCAAAGGAGCCAGGCCCCGGCCCCCAGCCCAUCUCACUGUGGAGCUCCAAGCGCCCGGAGGCUGCUGCUCCCCCCGGCGGGAGCUGAUCGUGGUGCUGAAGAGUGAGGCAUCCACCAGCUGGCUGGUCCAAAUCCCCCACCUGGCCGGGCGCCUGCGAGUCCUGGCAUCCCACGAGGUCUCGGUCAGCGGCACAGAACCAGAACCGGACCUGGCUGUGAGCAGCAGCAUGUCCCUGGGCCUGGCCUAUGCCAGUGACCCCAUGGCCUGGGCAAUGGAGCAGGGACUGCCUGGGGUCACAUCUUACACAGAGGCCGAGCAGGUGAACAGGUUCCUGGUCAUUGUAGGGCUAGAUGGGGAUGCCAAGGCCCCCCACCCCUCCAUCCCACUCCCCAGACCCGCCAAGAUCUCCCCCAUGGUCUGGGAGAGAAGCCGGGCAGCCCCAGGAGGUGGGAGAACUGUGAGGCUGGCGGGAGCUCUGUCUGUGGCGUGUCUGAGCGAGAGGGUGGCCGUUUAUGUCAACAAGGACAUGCUCCAGGCUGCCAGACUCUCCCCAGCCCGAGUGACCCUGCGGGACCCCAGCUGUGCAGCCCAGUCCAAUGGCACCCACUUCCUGCUGGAGUCCCCCCUGGCCGGCUGCGGCGCCCUGCGCAUCCCGGCCCUGGACCCCACCUCGGGUGUCGGGCGGUACCAGAACGCGGUGGUGCUCUGGGGCAGCGGGCCAGGGGCAGAGCCCGAGGGUCCCCCGCUCCCGGUGGGACAGGCUGAAGAUAGCUUGGAGUCCAUUGAGUUCUCCUGCUCCUCCCCAGCCCUGAGUGAGACAUCCCGCUCUGCUGAGCCCAUCCCGGAUCUGCCCCUCCACCUGGGCCGUGUCUUGCUCAGCCUGGAGGUCUACAGCUCCGAGGCUUUCGCCAAGGCCCAGGGACCCUGCACGGUGUCGGCCAACAGCCGCGUCUUUGUGGAAGCUGCUCUGGCUGCCUUCGAUCCUCGGCUCAGCUUCAGCAUCCGCCUCUGCUUCCUCUCGCCAAGCUCCUCCUCCUCGCUGGACUCACCCUACACCUUGGUGCGGGGGGGCUGCCCGGCCCACCCCGACGUCUCUCUGCACCCGCCCCACAAGGGGGCUGCAGGCCCGGCCUUGUCCCCCGGCUCCCAGGAGCUGCAGCGCCUCAGCUUCCUGCUCCGGCCCCUCUACAACGACUCCAUCCAAUUCCUGCACUGCCGCCUGGCCCUCUGCACCCAGGAGCCCCAGGGCCAGGCUGGGGCCUAUGGGGGCGCCCUCCCCAAGUGUGGGCCCCAGGCAUGCCCCAGCAGCCGCGUGGGGGAGCCGGGCAGCGGGCGGUUCCAGCACACCUUCACCAAGCCCAUCAUCGUAACCGUGGGGCGCCUGGCCAGAGCCACCAAACCCACCCCAGGAACAGAUCCCUUUCUGGUGCCCUUUCCUCUGGCUGGCAGGAGGGGGAAGAUGCUGAAGGAGGCACCCCGGCCAGAGCAGGGAGAGACACCUCCUGCCCCCCUUCCCCAGGGCCUGGAGCUGCCCACCGUGGUGGGAAUCGUCUUCUCAGCUUUCAUCAUCGGCGUCUCUCUCACUGGGGGGCUCUGGCUCAUUCACUCCAGGACAGCUCACAGGGGCCUCCCUGUCCGUGUUCUUGGGAAUACGCUGGCAGCAGCCCCACUGUCACCACCUGCAGGCGCCCGGCCCUGCGGCUCCCGGGAUCAGCAGCCCAUCGGACUCUGCUCAGCACAGCCAGGGAGGCCACUCGGGGAAGGGCCUCUCCACUUGGCCCGAAGGGCCCCGUCCCUGUGACUGGCAGCCAGCGGGCGGCAGGCCUCGCCCAGGCCGGAAGGGGCCCCGGGGCAGGCCGCGUGGCAUCGGGGCUGCGGUGCCGGCUGUGGCUAGUGUUUGCGCUUUCGGGGUAUAAAUGUGACUGCAGAGGA